CACACCCUAGCAUGCCAAGAAAAUUAAGCAAGACUCACAUAAACAAAGUCUCCCUUCCCCAUUUUUGCCUUCCCAGAAAAUUAAAAACCAUACCUCUUAAGCACAUAUAUUAUACAUGCACCCAAUAUAGUAACCAAAAAUUGCAGCCACACCCCUUCCCUUUCAAGACGCUCCCCACCAGCUUUGCAAAAUCUAUUCAUCGUUGAAAAUGAGAUGGUUCGAUUUCUUGAUGCUGCUAAAUUUGCUUCUCUUGGUUAUUGCGUCUGCUCCGCCAAUUCAAGCCGUGGAUUCGAGAAAGCUUGAUGAGAACACCGUGCCUGGCUCGACUGGUGAGAAGUGUAUUCCCUGUACUUCAAGCCCUCCACCACCACCACCACCACCGCCUCCUCCAGCUUUGCCACCUCCAUCUCCAAAGAAACCGCCUUCAAGUUACUGCCCUCCGCCUCCACCAUCAUUCAUAUACGUACCUGGUCCACCGGGGAACUUGUAUACUAUUGACAAUGAUUUUAACGGUGCUGGCCGAACCUCGACUAUGAGGCUGCCGGUUCUGAUUGGAUGUGCGUUGUUAGGCUUUUUGCUGAGACAUGGGGUUUAAAAAGAAGAUUCUUCAGGACAGGUGAAAAACUUUAUAUUUUCUUCUCCGAAGUUGAACGGAGCUUUUAGGAUCUUGUUUUGUACUUUUACUUUUAUCGAUCAAGCGUUCAAUAAUUCCAAUUCACAGUCUUUUGUUCCA